AUGCGUCUCUGGAAGCAGCUUUUUCUGACUGUGCUUUCAUCCGCGCUACCAGCAACCCUUGCGCAAAAUGUCAUCGAUCUGAGUGGGGAUGGCUGGACAGUCAGUAGUAGCGCGUUGAAUAUCAGCGUUCCUGGUCGUGUUCCCUCGCAGGCGCAUUUGGACCUUCUCGCUGCAGGAAUUAUUGAUGAUCCAUACCAUGGUUUAAAUGACUUCAACUUGCGUUGGAUUGCCAACAACAAUUGGACAUACACAAGUAAACCAAUCGAGGGCUUAUCAAGUGAUUCGAAAACAUCCUGGCUUGUCUUCAACGGACUUGACACGUUCACAACAAUCGAAUUUUGCGGUCAACACAUCGCCUCCACGGAAAACCAGUUCCGACAACACGUCUUCGACAUCUCAGAUGCGUUGAAAGGUUGCAAUGGAUUACCAACCGUAUCACUCAACUUCGGAAGUUGUCCCAAGAUUGCAAAUGCAAUUGCCGCCGAUCCCAAAUCACAGAAAUGGCCGGCUGGCAUUCAAGGAACCUUUGAGUUUCCGAACCGUUGGUAUAUUCGCAAAGAACAAUCCGAUUUUGGAUGGGACUGGGGUCCAGCCUUCUCCCCCGUUGGUCCUUGGCAGAAUGUCUACUUGGUACAGUCUGAGGCUAAGACGAGUGCGUACAUUUCAAACACCGGUUUUGACAUAUACCGGAAAGGCCAAAUCAAUCAUAUUGCUCCUGACCAGAACCAACCUUGGGUUUUCAAUGCGAGUAUCGACUUUGUUGGUUCACUGCCCGAGAAGUCGUCGAUGCAAAUUGAGAUCAAAGAUAUUGAGUCAGGCAGCAUUCUCAAAUCUGGAACUCUGGACAAUGCUGUUGUGACUGGUCAAACCAUCACAGGUCAAACAGUCAUUGAUGCGGAUGCGCCGAGACUUUGGUGGCCCACAGGGAUGGGCAAACAAAUCUUGUACAACGUCACAGUGACCAUUCGGGUUAAUGAAGAGGACAUCACGAGCGUGACCAAGCGCACCGGCUUCCGUACCAUUUAUCUCAAUCAGUCCAACAUCACUGAGGAGCAAAGGUCCCAAGGCAUUGCGCCGGGAGCCAACUGGCAUUUUGAGGUGAAUGGUCAAGAGUUCUAUGCCAAGGGUUCAAACAUCAUUCCACCCGAUGCCUUUUGGCCCCGAGUCACAGAAGCCAAGAUGAAGCGACUGUUUGAUGCCGUUGUCGCCGGAAACCAAAAUAUGCUCCGAGUCUGGUCCUCUAGCAUUUACCUUCCGGACUUCAUGUACGAUCUUGCUGACGAGCGUGGAGUGUUGCUUUGGAGCGAGUUUCAAUUCAGUGAUGCAUUAUACCCCACAGACCAACCGUUCCUCGAUAAUGUUGCGGCAGAAGUUGUUUAUAACGUGAGACGGGUCAACCACCAUCCAUCACUGGCCCUGUGGGCGGGUGGAAAUGAGAUUGAAAGUUUAGAACUACCCACGGCAAAAGAAAAGGCACCUGAAGCUUACGAUUUCUUGGUUGGGGACUAUGAGCACUUGUUCAUUACUCUCAUUCUGCCCCUGGUUUACGAAAACUCGCGGUCAAUCUCGUACAUGCCAAGCAGCACAAACAACGGAUUUUUAAAAGUUGACCUUUCCGCCCCAGUCCCAAUGGUUGAGCGCUAUGAUAACGGCACGGAUCAAGAAGGCUAUUACUAUGGCGAUACUGACUACUACAACUAUGAUAGUAGGGUGGCAUUCAAUUUCGAAGGCUACCCAGUCGGUCGUUUUGCGAAUGAGUUUGGCUACCACAGCAUGCCAAGUCUUCAAACCUGGCAGCAGGCAGUGGAUGAGGAAGAUCUUCAUUUCAACAGUAGCACAAUCGUGCUCCGAAAUCAUCACUAUCCUUCGAACGGUCCGGACACCCACAACUACAAGAAUGCAUCUAUGGGAAUGGCCGAGAUGACCUUGGCAGUCGAAAGGUACUAUCCAAUUCCAAACAAGGACGACUCUUUAGCGAAUUUUAGCACAUGGUGCCAUGCGACGCAGCUUUUCCAAGCCGACAUGUACAAGUACGAAAUUCAAUUCUACCGCCGUGGCAGCGGAAUGCCAGAGCGCCAACUCGGAUCUCUAUAUUGGCAGCUGGAAGAUAUCUGGCAGGCGCCAACAUGGGCUGGUAUUGAGUACGAUGGCCGCUGGAAGGUGCUUCAUUACACAGCACGCGACAUUUACCAACCUAUUAUCGUCUCACCAUUCUGGAACUCGUCAACUGGUGACCUGUCAGUCUAUGUCACCUCAGACCUUUGGAAAACCGCACAGGGUAAUGUGAGCUUUACUUGGUCAGACCUCUCAGGAAAGCCUAUUCUAGACAACGCAGGAACCCCAAAGAGCAGAAGCUUCUCGGUCGGUGCUCUGAACACUACCAGAAUUUACGACACAAACAUCUCAAAGAUCUCUCUUCCAAGCAUUCGAGACGCAGUUUUGAUCAUUGAUCUGACAGCCCAGGGUUACCUCCCCAAUCAAGAGCAAGAUUCUGCGACUAUAUUCACCCAUCGGAACCACUUUACGCCAGUUUACCCAAAGGAUCUAGAGCUGAAAGAUCCCCAGCUACACCUAUCACACGAUUCAAAAGAUAACAUAUUCACUGUCGAAGCUAGGAGCGCCAUUUCAUUGUAUACUUGGAUUGACUACCCUGCCGGGGUGGUGGGCUACUUUGAAGACAACUCUUUCACACUGGCUCCAGGCGAGAAACGCAGUCUCAAGUUUGUUGUGCAAAAAGAUGAGACUGGCGGCAAGUGGGUUGACGGUGUCACUGUGCGAAGCUUAUGGGAUCAGACUACGAAAUCUUAA